GACUGACGAUGGCUGAGUACAAGCUAGAGGUGACAAUCGAUGAAAUGCAAUAUGCAGGAACAUGGGACCAUGUAUCUCUGACCUUAUUUGGAAAUGAAGGACAGAGUGAUCGUACUAAGGUGGACAACUUUGGCAGGGACUUCAGUUCAACUGGGACUACAGGGACGUACACCAUAAAAACCAGUUCAUCUCUGGGGAAACUUCUGAUUGUCAAGAUGGAAAAAGAUCCUUUAGUUUCUCCAGACGAGUGGUACUGCUCUACAAUAGUGGUGACCACUCCAGAAGGAGAUGUCAUUCUUUUCCCCUGUCACAGGUGGAUCACCAGGGGAGAAGAGGUGGAAUUGAGGGGAGGGAGAGCUAUGAAGGUGUUUGAGGAUGACCAUCCCUUGUUGACUGAACAGCGGAAAAAAGAGCUGAUAUCCAAAAAGAGUCUGUACCAAUGGAAGACGAUGACUGAAGGACUGCCCCACAUCAUCAGCUUCAACGAUGGCUCCAACCCUCCACCUGAGAUCUGCUUAUCUAUAUCUAGAUUUACUGAAUUGAUGGAAACACAGAGUUCAAUUUUUGAUGAACUCAAUCUUAAGGGGAUGUUUUUAUCCACAAAAACAUGGGAAACCAUUGAAGGCAUGACACAUGUCUUAUGUGACAAAGAGACAACAAUGUCAGCGUACGUUAAAGAGCACUGGAAGGAAGACACCUUUUAUGGAUACCAGUUUCUGAAUGGAUGCAACCCCAAUAUGAUCAAAUGCUGCAGGGAGAUUCCCCCAAACUUUCCAGUCACAGAAGAGAUGGUCAAGCCUUUUCUAGAAACGGGAACCUCUCUGCAGACGGAACUGAAGAAAGGCAACAUAUUCAUCUAUGACCUAAAGAAGAUGGAUGGAAUUCGCCCAAAAGAUUCCAAUGGAGAACUUCUGCAUGUGACUGCUGGUCUCUGUUUGUUCUACAUGAAUCCAGAAAACAAACUUAAGCCGAUAGCGAUACAGCUGCAUCAAAAACCAUCCGAGCAGAAUCCCAUCUUUCUGCCGAGUGACACAGAGACAGACUGGCUACUUGCUAAGAUCUUCAUCAGAAAUGCAGAUGUAAUGGAUUAUGAGUCGACUCAUCACCUCCUGUGUACUCACUUUAUGGCUGAGGUUUAUGCUAUUGCCACUCUUCGCUGUUUACCUGCGAUUCAUCCUCUCUACAAGCUGUUGGUUCCACACAUCCAGAGCAGUAUCCACAUAAACAUGAUGGCCCGCAGUUUGCUUUUAGGACCCAAUGAGAUUCUUUCUGUGAGCUCACUUGGGUAUGAGGGGGUGAUAGAGCUCAUGAGAAGAACUCAUGCUGAAACAACCUACAGCUCCCUCUGCCUGCCAGAGAACAUCACUGCACGAGGACUGGAGUCUGUCCCCAACUUCUUCUACAGAGAUGAUGGACUCAAAGUGUGGAACAUCAUCAACAGAUUUGUGAAGGCAGUUGUGGAGUACUAUUAUCCAACUGACGAGGAAGUUGGUAAAGAUACUGAGCUGCAGGACUGGAUCAGUGAGAUAUUCACUCAUGGCUUCUUGGGAAACAAAGCCACAGGAAUGCCAGCAAGCUUUCAUUGUACAGAGGAAGUGAUCAGAUUUAUCACCAUGGUGAUCUUCACAGUGACAGCUCAACAUUCAGCAGUCAAUAAUGGACAGUAUGACUACAUCUCCUGUUUGCCCAACGGUCCAAUCGUGCUGCACAAACCUCCUCCAACCACUAAGGGGCAGUCAAGCAUGAAGACAAUUUUAGAGACCCUCCCAAAUGUUGGAGUGACUGCCAAAUCCUUGGUAUUGUUGUGGGUACUUGGAAAAAGAUACACUGAUUUUAUUCCCUUGGGUGCUUACCCUGAGCGAUUUGAUGAGCCUGCCCUGAAGCAGAUGAUUAAGGAGUUUCAAGCAGAGUUGUCUUACCUCAGUGAAGAAAUAACAGCGAGAAACUCACAGCUGGAAGUGCCCUACACAUACCUGAACCCGACUGAGAUAGAAAACAGUACAAGUAUUUAAGGCUGUUGCAGGGAUCAGGCUAUUAGCUGAUCAUAUUGCAUUAUACUGUGUGUGAUUCUGGGGGCAUGCCAUAUGACGGGAUAGUAAGAGGUUUUGAUCAUCAUAUUUGGUUUUCAACAUAUUGAUUCUAAAAGCAGACAACAACAGGAACUACAACUAUCUACUAUUAUCUUUAAGGACAGGUAAAAACAAGGUACAGCUAAAGACGCCACAUUUUAGACCUUGUAAUUACUGGCAGAGACCUGGUCUCUACUUGUGUUUCUUCAGACGUAGAUGUGGGAAUCUUUGAUAAUUUCUGUGUAAAAUGUUUUUAAAUGUCAAUGGUUUUAUGCAACAAGAGUUUGUAGAAUGAACUAUGGGGAAACGCUAUUUCACCAUUGAAGUAGCUGCAAAUGUUAUUGACCUUUUAUGUGACUGACUAUUUACCCUCCUCUCCUGAUUUUACAAUCAGUUUUAACAAGAAACUUAGAUCCACCAUUGAUGAAAGUAAAAAAAAAAAAACUAAUCCAAAAAAAUUUCUUUAUUUCUUAAUGUCAUUUAUUAGCAAUGCUGCUAGUGUUGAGUGUAUUGAGUAGGAUGGAAUAAACACUCCCUGAAUGGGAAAUAUCUGACUAGAGGAAGCUCCUACAGCUUUGAUCUAAAAUGUAAUAAUGCUUUGGUCAAGGCAAACGGCCCAACUUAAUUUCUAAUAUUAUUUACCAGAAACACAAGACUGUCAACCUGAUCGGGAUUGAAUACAGAGAGUUGUGGGUAUUGGUGCACACCAUGUCCCUAUACAUUUUAUUUAUCCCACGCAUUAGUCUACAUAAUAAUUAAUUUGAUGUAUUCAACAGCAUUUAUUAUUUCAUUGACCGUCAUGUUUUAGUUUAUUUAGUCAUUUUCACUCGUUUCUAAUUUAACUCACUUUCUGAUUUUUAAUCUUAUCUAUCUUAUUAUAUUUUAGUAUAUUUUACUUCACCAAUAUACAAUUUUAUUAACUUUUAUUUACGGUAUUAUGUUUGAUUUGUGUAUUUAUUUUCUAUUCUUUUAAUUCCUGCUUUUUUUUUCUGGUCAUUUAUUAGUAUUUUUAGUCUCCAAUGUUUCCUCAUCACUGAUUACUGAGAUGAGUUUUUCUAGCAUUGUUGACUCACAGCAAGAAGGUUUGAUCUGAGGGCCUUUCUGUGUAGAAUUUGCAUGUUCAGCUUGUGUGUGCGUGGGCUCUCUCUGGAUUCUCUUUAUGUGCUUGUAUUGAUGGGCAAUGGGUGGGGCGGUGCCAUUUUAUCGUAUAAACCACUUACAAUUAUAUUACUUUGCAUAAAAAGUGCAACAUGAAUAAAGUCUGACUGAAUUGUC